CCAAAGCCCAGGUGUCAGAGACGUUCCGGGUUGUGGAGGUUGGCUUAGAGCAGGUGGGCGUACCGAACACGCCUAGGACAUGAACGCCUCUUCAGAAAACGCACAUUUCGAGGGCAGUAACGCCAGACCCUUUUUUUAUGUGCACGCCAUGGGCCAGCAGCCUUACCUGAGUCCGUGGUGCCAGAGUCCCACCUAUAAUCCAUUCUCUGUUCCUGGGGCAGGUUUCAGAAAUGGAAGUCUGUAUUUUCCAUAUUCAGUGGUACUCAGUGAGUAUCCUGGCUUCCUUGUUCCUCAGUCACCAUUGCCCAUUACACUUAACCGACGACCUAUGUUUUAUAACAUGGCACAGUUCCAGCACUCUAGUGGCUAUGGAAAGAAAAUGAAAACGAGAGAGACUCAGACUGAACCUCAGCAGGCUGAGAACAUGACUCAGAAACAAGACACCCACUCAGAAGGUGAUAUGGUGACCAGUAUCCCUACUUCUAAUAUUGACAUAGAAAUGGACGACAUUCCUGAAGAAACAGAUGGUGUUUUGUCUUCUGUUGCCCAGAAGAGGGAGCUACAUGGUAAGAGCCCUUCUAAUAACCGCCUGCAUAGGACAUCACCUCAUGGAAGCAAUGCAUGUGAGAAAGAGAAAAUGAGGCUAGAACAGAGCAAAGGAUCCCCUGUAACACAGUUCUGGAAGACUUUGAAGGAAACUAUGCGUUUGUAUGACCUAGCUUAUGGUAAAGCCAUGCCAGAGAAGAUGGUGCAGCACAAUAGGAUUUCACAGAGUUCUUGGGAAAGUAGAACUUUCCCUCAUGAGGGUACAGAGGGCAUUACAUGUAAAGAUGAAGAAAGCACUGUCUGGUUGGAGCAGUGUCAUGAUGUAAGACAUGAUGAUGUGGUAAAGUUGGGCUCCACCAUGAAUAUGAACUUGGGUAAAGAAAAAAACUAUGCAACCACUCCCCAAUCUCCAGAUGAAGCAAAAGACAGAGAUAGAAUCCAGGAUACCCUGAACUCAAAUCUGUGCCCAUCUUCUGGAGAUGGCUACAAGCUCCAGCAGGAAAGGUCACUCUGUUCCAGCAAUAAAGCCAUUGAGGACCUGAGCCUACAGUCCAAAUCCCAGAGUCCCCUUAGCAUUGGGGAAAGCAUGCCUGACAAUGGUAGUGGGGGCCAUGGCUUCCCUGUGAAUGUGGAUGAAGUUGACAUGAUACAGAGCAACAGCUCUCCUGAGAAUUAUGUUCCUCCCCCUAUCUUGCUGGCCCAGUUCAACCAGGCUGAUGGAGGCAUUCAGUGUGAUACGAGCCAAUGGCAAGAUGAAGAGCACAAUAAAUCUCCCAAGUCUUCACCAGAAAGCAGAAAGGCAACACAAGAAAAGUCAGUCAGGUGUGGGAAAUCGGAUGAAGUGGUGGAGAGGGACAGCUACCCAAAGUAUGUCCCUAGCCCUGCUAGGUUGGCCCAGAUGUACAGCAAAGGGAUGGAUGAAGGGAUUCAGUGUGAUAUGAUCUGGUUGCAGGAUGCAGAGUUGGAGAAAUCCCCUGAGCAAAUGCCUUACAAAGAUGAAGAGUCAUCACCAGACUGCAGAACUAAAGGAUCACAGAGAAAGUCAAUCAGGAAUAGGAAAUUGAACACAGAUGAAGAAGAAGUAACCAUGAAUGAUGAGAUUGAGGAAGAGUAUCAUGAGAACUUCAAAAAGUGUGCCAAGAUUAAAAAGACUGUGAAAGACAGGAAGCAGAAAACCCUGAACAACUCCUCAAGUGAUAACAGAGUGUAUUUAUUGAAGAAAAAUGCUACCUUGAACACUGUACUUCCCGAGGAUUUAGAAGACUGUGAAUUGGAAGAGGAAGUUGAAGAUGAAAUGUAUGUGGUGGAAUGCCUCUUUGAAGAGGUUAGUCCACCAGACCCUGUGAAUUCCUUGAAAGGAAGGAUUUUUUGCAAGGCCAGCAGGAUAAUCAGGAUGCCACCUGAGUGGUCUCUCCCUCCUCAACUUAUCGUCUGGCCCACCAGAAAUAAGGACCGGUUAAAGCAUGUUGAAUAUGAGAGCAUCCCUAUGGUGUAUGAGGUGACAGGACAGGAUGGCAGGAUCCAAAGGGAACGUAUGAUGGCCAUGCAGAAGGGACUGGAGUCUAAGACAGCCUCUCACAAGUCAUGGGAAUGUAACUGUGAGAGAAGGAAAACCAAAGUACCUUACAAAGUUUCAAACAGAUUUGAUGCAGAUGCUGUAAAGUUGAGGAAACAGCCAGCAGGCACAGAGGAAAGAAAUUUCUGAGUUCCAGCUACAUAGAAGAGCUAAUUACAUCACCACGACAGUUUAGAACCUGAUUAUCCCUUGAUUUGAGCUAAUAAAGCUAUUAUAACUAGAAGCAAGAAAAUGUGAUAUUGUAAAGCCUUCAGAAUUAAAAGGUAUAAAAUAGCAAAUAAAUUGAAUUGCUUA